CCCCCCAAUUCGUCAAUUUGGUGGGUAUCCAACUUGUCCAAGUCAAAAUUGAUUUCCCGCACUUAAAUUCUCACGCUCGCGAGGGAGCUUUCAACCAUACCUCUUCAGAGCAUCUCGUCUACUUGAAUAAAAGACUGUUGAAUGUUGCGCAUUCUCAAAUCAAAAGCUCCCAACAGCUGUUUCAGACUAACUUCUGCUGCUUUUCAGUCACAAAGACGACUCUAUGCUGACCAGCCCCCUCCGGCCGAAGGGUUUCUUCCGGGAGUUGCAGACUCCAAGCUACUUAAAAGAACGCCAGAAGAAGCACUCAGAAAUCCAGAACUGGCCGCUCUGAGUGCUGCGAACGGAGAGACAGAAAAGAUGAAUUUCUUUCAAGCUAUUAAUAAUGCUCUUUCAACUGCCUUAGCUACAGACGAAACCUCAGUUGUCUUUGGCGAAGAUGUAUCUUUUGGUGGUGUAUUCCGAGCCACAUCGGGAUUGGCUGAACGAUUUGGUCGCGACAGAGUGUUCAACACGCCUAUAACUGAACAAGGCAUUGUAGGAUUUGGCAUUGGAAUGGCUGCUGUCGGCCACACUGCUAUUGCUGAGAUUCAGUUUGCGGACUACAUUUUCCCCGCGUUCGAUCAAAUUGUCAAUGAAGCAGCAAAAUAUCGUUACCGGUCCGGUGGCAUAUUCAAUGUUGGCGGGCUAACCAUCCGUACUCCUUGCUCCGCUGUCGGACAUGGUGGACAUUAUCAUUCGCAGACCCCUGAAGCCUUUUUUGCUCAUUGUCCUGGCGUAAAGAUUGUCAUGCCUCGUAGCCCUAUACAAGCAAAGGGACUUUUGCUAGCUUCCAUUCGUGACCGCAAUCCCGUUAUAUUUCUAGAACCCAAGAUCCUCUAUCGUGCUGCUGUGGAGGAAGUACCCGUCAGCGAUUACGAACUUCCACUUGGAAAAGCUGAAGUAUUGAAACGAGGCAAUAAUGUCACCGUGGUUGGGUACGGUACACAAAUUUACAAACUGGAGAACGCCAUUCAAUUGGCCGAAAAGCAUAUACCUGGUUUAAGCUGCGAGCUCAUUGAUCUUCGAACGAUAGUUCCAUUGGAUAUCGAUACUAUCUGUGAAAGUGUAAACAAAACUGGACGACUUGUCAUUGGGCAUGAGGCACCAAAGACAGGAGGAUUUGCUGCAGAAAUCACCACUGCUGUAAUGGAACGCUCAUUCUUACGACUAGAGGCACCAAUUCAACGUGUUUGCGGAUGGGAUACACCUUUCCCGCUUGCGUUUGAAAAGUUUUAUAUGCCUGAUAUGAUUCGGUGCUAUGAUGCAAUUAAGAAAGUGACUGAAUAUUGACAAAAAUUAUUGAUAGACUUUCUUGUUUUCGUAAUUUUCGUUCCCGCUUUUUUGAUGAUACGCGCGUAAAUUUUGUCAUAAAAACGUCUUAAUAUUUCGAAGCUUGUCACAG